AUGACCAAAGAGUCUCCUCCGCCCAGGAGUAACUCUUGGAAUCUUUUGGAACCAGAUCCAGGCACCUUCACCAAAUUAUGCGCUGAAAUAGGUGCUGAAUCAGUGCAAGUGAAGCAGAUUAAACUACUUGACAAAGAAGCUAUUCGCAAUUUAAGGCCUAUUCAUGGGCUCAUCAUCAUCAUCAAGCACAAGUUGGAGUCAUUUAUAUCCAAAGAUGAUUCAACUACGAAUACAAACAACCACAUCUAUUUCUCAAAUCAAGUGGUCCACGAUGCCUAUGCCAUGCAUGCUCUAUUAAACGUUCUCUUGAACAACAGCGGCACCAUCAACAUUGGAAGAGAGCUACACCAUUUUAAGCAAUUUACAAACGACUUUACGUCCAUGGUAACCUUGAAUGAAAAGGCUUGA